UUUGCGCGGCGUCUACGUACGACCCCUUUCCCAAGUCCCCUCUCCAGGACCAGGACAAGCACCAGGACCAGGACUAGGACAAGGACCAAGAUCGGCAGCGUCUUUCAAUGGGAUUAUAAUUGGUUUAUUGGCCGGGAGAAGUCCCAAGAUAAACACCUCUCCGUAAAGGACGACAACCAGAACAUUGCCCCCAUCCGGUGUUUGAAGUCCAGCCUCGUCGUUUCUUCCCCUCCGUUCCUCUUCUGACGCCACCUGAGGGCACGUCCCACCGCACCCUGCCACCAGCACCCAACCCCCAUUCCUCACAAAAAAACAAAACAAAACACAGACCCUCGUCCAGUUGCCACGCUGGCCACCGCCAUGACAUCCACCACAGACUUUGACAAUGCGGAGAUCACGCAGCAGUACAGCCGCGUCAACAUCCGCUUCGACCUGUCGGACGAGGAGCUGGACAACGACAACAGCUCCGCCAGGCUGUUUGAACGCUCACGCAUCAAGGCCCUCGCAGAUGAGCGUGAGGCGGUCCAGAAGAAGACUUUCACCAAAUGGGUCAACUCCAUUCUGUCCCGGGUUGGCUGUCGCAUUUCUGACCUCUACCUGGACCUGCGAGACGGUCGCAUGCUCAUUAAGCUGCUGGAGGUCCUCUCCGGGGAGCGGCUGCCAAGGCCCACCAAGGGCCGUAUGCGUAUCCACUGUCUGGAGAAUGUGGAUAAGGCCCUGCAGUUCCUCAAAGAGCAGAGGGUCCACCUGGAGAACAUGGGCUCCCAUGACAUCGUCGACGGCAACCACCGCCUCAUCCUGGGCCUCAUCUGGACCAUCAUCCUGCGUUUCCAGAUCCAAGACAUUAUUGUCGAGACUGGCCAGGCUGACCAGAAAGAGACCCGCUCGGCCAAGGACGCUCUUCUUCUGUGGUGUCAGAUGAAGACGGCAGGUUAUCCCAAUGUCAACAUCACCAACUUCACCACCAGCUGGAAAGACGGCAUGGCCUUCAACGCUCUCAUACACAAACACCGGCCAGAUCUGGUGGACUAUAACAGUUUGAAGAGGUCCAACCCAACCCACAACCUCCAGAAUGCCUUCAACGUAGCAGAGCAGAAGCUCGGCGUGACCAAACUGUUGGAUCCAGAGGAUGUCUACACAGAGAACCCAGAUGAGAAGUCCAUCAUCACGUACGUCGUGGCAUUUUACCACUACUUCUCGAAGAUGAAGCAGCUUGCCGUUGAGGGCAAGAGGGUUGGAAAGGUUCUGGAUCACGCCAUUGAGACAGGGAAGAUGAUUGACAAGUAUGAGACCCUGGCGUCAGACCUGCUGACGUGGAUCGAGCAGACCAUCAACGUGCUGAACAACCGCAAGCUGGCGAACUCUCUGUCCGGGGUUCAAAAGCAGCUUCAGGCCUUCAACUCCUACCGCACUGUAGAGAAGCCGCCCAAGUUCCAGGAAAAGGGUAACCUGGAAGUGCUGCUGUUCACCAUCCAAAGUCGAAUGAGAGCCAACAACCAGAGGGUCUACACUCCUAAAGAGGGAGCCCUGGUCGCCGACAUCAACAGGGCCUGGGAGCGUCUGGAGAGGGCGGAGCAUGAGCGCGAGCGUAUCCUGAGAGAUGAGCUGAUACGACAGGAGAAGCUUGAACAGAUGGCCAGGAGGUUUGACAGGAAGGCGGCCAUGAGGGAGAGCUGGCUCCUGGAGAACCAGAGACUAGUGGCUCAGGAUAACUUUGGCUAUGACCUGCCGGCGGUGGAGGCGGCGAAGAAGAAGCAUGACGCCAUUGAGACAGAUAUUGCCGCGUACGAAGAGCGCGUCCAGGCCAUGGUGGCCAUCUCGAAGGCGCUGGAGUCCGAGCGUUACCACGAUGCCAAGCGCAUCGACGUCCGCAAAGAUAACAUCCUGCGCCUGUGGGACUACCUGCAGGAGCUGCUGAAGGCCCGCAGGGGGCGCCUGGAUAAGAACCUGACCCUGCAGAGGAUCUUCCAGGAGAUGCUCUCCAUCAUCAGCUGGAUGGAUGACAUGAAGGCUCGACUCCUGUCUCCUGACUUUGGGAAGCACCUGUUGGAGGUGGAGGACCUGCUACAGAAACACACCUUGGUGGAGAAUGACAUCGCUGUGCAGGCAGAGUGGGUGCAGAGUGCCAACGCAGCCGCUCUCAAGUUUGCCAAUGGAGACAGCUACAAGCCGUGUGACCCCCAGGUGAUCCGGGACAGGGUGCAGCACCUAGAUCUGUGCUAUCAGGAGCUGUGUGCCCUAGCCGCCCAGCGCCGGGCCCGCCUGGAGCAGUCCCGCCGCUUCUGGAACUUCCUGUGGGAGAUGGCAGAGUUGGAAGGCUGGAUCAAAGAGAAAGAACACAUCUUCUCCUCCCUGGGUUAUGGCAAGGACCUGACGAGCGUGCUGGUUCUACAGAGCAAGCAGAGUGCCUUCGAGGAUGAGCUUGGCGCCCGCCGAGCCCACCUCCAGCAGAUCAUGGCCGAGGGAGAAAAGAUGAUUGAGGCCAAGCACUUCGGCUCCCCGAAGGUCCUGGAGUGCAUGGAGGACGUCAGCAGGCAGUGGCAGCAGCUGGAGGAGCUGGCCGCGUUUCGUAGGCAGAACCUCCAGGACACGCAGGGGUUCUUCCAGUUUCAGGGAGAUGCUGAUGACCUCAAGGCCUGGCUGCUCGACGCCCAGAGGCAGAUGAGCAGCGAUGACGUGGGCCAAGACGAGUACACCACGCAGAGGCUGCUGAAAAAGCACAACGACCUGAAGAAUGAAGUGGCCAAGAACAGUGCCACCAUCCACGCCCUAACCAAACAGGCGAAUGCACUACCGGAGGAGCUACGCAACACACCAGACAUCCAGAGGCGCCUGGCAGACAUCAGGGACCUGAACAUGGAGCUCAUGUCUCUGGCCGACCUGAGGCAGAAGAAGCUGGAUGACGCCAUGGCUCUCUACACGAUUUUCAGUGAGACAGAUGCCUGUGAGCUUUGGAUGGGACAGAAAGAAACGUGGCUGGUUGGCUUGGAUGUGCCCGAGAAGCUGGAGGAUCUGGAAGUGGUACAGAAUAGGUUGAGCAUUCUAGCUCAAGACAUGGGGAACGUUCAGUCGAGGGUGGACGAUGUCAAUAAAGCAGUAAAACAGCUCGAGGACAGCAGACACCCUCGUACCAAAGAGGUCAAGGAAUGUCAGAUGCGUCUGAAUAAGAGGUGGGAGGCCUUCAAGGCCAUGGUGGAGGACUUGAAGAGCAAAGUGGAUUCGGCUGUUAGCCUUCACAACUAUGGGCUGGAGUGCGAUGAGACGGAGACCUGGAUCAAAGACAAAACACGGGUCAUUGAGUCCACCCAGGACCUGGGUAACGACCUGGCAGCCAUAAUGACCAUCCAGAGGAAACUGUUCGGCAUGGAGAGAGAUUUGGCCGCCAUCGAUACCAAGCUCACUUUUCUUAGGAAGGAGGCAGACCAGUUGGCCAUGGACCACCCAGAGAACGCAUCUGACAUAAUGGCCUGCAGAGGGGAGCUGGACGCCGCCUGGGACACGCUGAGAAAAACCCUGAAGGACAGAGAGGCCUCUCUGGGGGAGGUCAGUAAACUGCAGAACUUCCUUCAGGACUUGGAUGACUUUCAGUCCUGGCUCUACAAGACCCAGAAGGCGGUGGCAUCAGAAGAAAUGCCCGCCACGCUUCCAGAGGCGGAGGAGCAGCUGAAUCUCCAUGAUGCUGUGCACGAAGAUAUAAUCAACCACGAGGAAGACUACCUUCGUGUGAAGGACACAGGUGCCCAGGUCACCAAGGAUCAGGAGGACGACCCGCAGUAUCAGCAGUUGGACCAGAGUCUGAAGGGUCUGGACCGUGGCUGGUUCGAGCUCCAGAAGAUGUGGGACAGCCGUAAGAGCUUCCUGGACCAGGGCCUGGGCUUCCAGCAGUUCAUGAGGGACGCCAAGGCUGCAGAAGCCAUCCUCAAUAACCAGGAGUACACCUUGGCUCACAUAGACAAGCCUGACACUCUGGACGGGGCAGAGAAGGCCCUCAAGAAGCAUGAGGACUUUAUGAGCACCAUGGAAGCUAAUGAGGAGAAGAUUGACAGCACCCUGCAGGUGGGUCAGCGGCUGGUGGACAGUAAGAACCUCUACUCUGGGAAAGUUCAAGAGAAAAUGGAUUCCAUCCAAAACAGGCAUGACGCCAAUAAAAGAAGAGCCCAGGAGGUGUCUGGAAAACUCAAGGAUAACCACGACCUCCAGCACUUCUUGCAGAACACUCAGGAUCUGACUGUUUGGAUCAAUGAGAAGAUGCUGACGGCUCAGGACACGUCGUAUGAUGAGGCCAGGAACCUGCACAGCAAGUGGCUGAAACACCAGGCCUUCAUGGCUGAGCUGGCCUCCAACAAAGACUGGCUCAACAAAAUAGACCAGGAAGGCCAGGAGCUGAUGGAGUCCAAGCCUGAGUUUGAGCCUAUUGUGAAGGAGCGUCUGGCCAAGCUCCACGAGCUGUGGAAAAAACUGGAGGACACCACCCAGGACAAGGCCCGCCUGCUGUUUGACGCGAACCGCUCCGAGCUGUUCGAGCAGACCCUGGCUGACAUGAAGAAAUGGCUGCGCGAGCUGCAGCAGCAGGUACAAAGCAGCGACGAGGAGGUCAAGGACCUGACCAAGGCCAACAUCCUGCUCAAGAAGCACCAGGUGACAGAGAACCAGGUGCGUGACCGGGCACGGGAGCUGGAGGAGUUCCAGGAGGCGGUCCAGAAGCACGGGGGAGGCAGGGAGGACCAGCCGGAGCUGGAAGCCGAGCAGCAGGCCCUGCAGAAGGCAUUCCAGCAGCUCCUGACACCCCUGGCCCAGCGCAAGGGCAAGCUGGAGGCCGCCAAGGCCAUCCAUCAGUUCUACAGGGACCUGGCUGAUGAGCUGCUGUGGAUAGAAGAAAGGAUGCCCCUUGCAAUGGCAGAGGAACACGGCCACAAUCUCCAAACUGUGCAAAUGCUGAUGAAGAAGAACCAGACACUACAGAAGGAGAUCGAAGGGCACCACCCACGUGUCGACGAAGUGCUGGAGCGAGGGAGGAGGAUGGCGACCGCUGCCGGAGCGGAGGACAGGCCUGAGGCCGAGCGGAUCACAGACCACGUCAAGGAGCUGGAGGAGGCGUGGUUGCGGCUGCAGGAGGAGAUGGACAAGCGGAGAGACAGGCUCAACGGCUCCAACAUGGCCCAGCAGUAUUACAACGACGCGGACGAGGCCGAGGCCUGGAUAGGAGAGCAGGAGCUGUACAUGAUUGCUGAUGAGAAGGCCAAGGAUGAGCAGAGUGCCAUGUUGAUGCUGAAGCGUCACAUGAUCCUGAAGCAGGCGGUGGAUGACCAUGAAGACUCAAUCCAGAAGCUGGCCGACCGGGCCCAGAAGAUGCUGGCUGAGGACCACCCUGAUGGCGAGGCCAUCAUCAGGCGGCAGGGCCAGGUAGAUAAGCAGUAUGCUGGGCUGAAGGAGCUGGCGGAGGAUCGCAGGAAGAAGCUGGACCACACCUAUCAGCACUUCCUGUUGAGCCGAGAGGUGGAGGACCUGGAGCACUGGAUCGCAGAGAAGGACGUGGUGGCCUCCUCCCAGGAGAUGGGCCAGGACCUAGACCAUGUCACCAUUCUAAGGGAUAAAUUCCGUGAGUUUGCCCGGGAGACGGGGAUGGUGGGUCAGGACCGUGUGGACCUGGUCAACCAGACGAUAGACGAGCUGAUCGAGGCGGGCCACAGUGAGGCAGCCACCAUGGCCGAGUGGAAGGACGGCAUCAACGAGAGUUGGGCCGACCUCCUGGAGCUCAUCGACACUCGCGCUCAGCUCCUCACCGCGUCCUAUGAGCUGCUCAAGUACUUUGAUGAUGGGAAGGAGCUGGUAACUCAGAUCCACGAGAAACAGAAUGAGCUCCCUGAUGAUGUCGGAGAAGACUUCAGCAAGGCGGAGUCCUUCCACCGUAUGCACGCCGCCUUCGAAAGAGACAUCACCGCACAGGGAAAACAGGUCCAGCAGUUCCAGGAGACGGCGACGCGUCUUAACGCCCAGUAUGCAGCGGAAAAGGCUGCAGCCAUCCAGGCCACAGAGAGGGAGGUGGUGGAGGCGUGGAAGGGCCUGCUGGACGCCUGCGAUGGCCGCAGGGCACGCCUGGUGGACACGGCGGAGAAGUUUCGCUUCUUCACCAUGGUCAGGGACCUGAUGGCGUGGAUGGAAAGCAUCAUCCAGCAGAUAGAGACCCAGGAGAAGCCCAGGGACGUGUCAUCUGUGGAGCUCCUACAGAAAUACCACCAGGGGAUCCGCUCUGAGAUCGAGGCCAGGGGACCCAAAUUCACCGACUGCAUAGAACUGGGCCGGGCCCUGCUGGCUCGGAAACACAGGGACUCUGCCGAGAUCAAAGAGAGGCUGGUGCAGCUGAUGGAGAAGAAGAAGGAGAUGAUGUUCAAGUGGGAUGACAGAUGGGACUGGCUCAGGCUCUUAAUGGAGGUGUGUCAGUUCGCGCGGGACGCCUCGGUGGCGGAGGCCUGGCUGGUAGCCCAGGAGCCCUAUGUGGCCAGCAGGGACUUUGGCCAGACAGUGGACGAGGUGGAGAAGCUUCUCAAGAGACACGAAGCCUUCGAGAAGUCCACCGCCACCUGGGAGGAGCGCUUCUCCGCCCUGGAGCGCCUCACCACGUUGGAGCUAAUGGAAGUUAGGAAGCAGCAGCUGGAGAGCGAACAGUACCGAUCAGAGGAAUCACGCUCAGACAAGGACAGCAGGAGAGAGGACACGGGUUUUGUAGAAGAUUCUUCACAGCUCUACACCAUCGAGGAACAGACUCUGUCGGGUUCUGGUGCAGUGGAGCCCAGUUCGGAAUUGCAGGAGGGGACGGCGGGCGACUCCACGGUGCCCAUGGUGUCAGAGAUGCGGGGGAGCAGCUCUCUGGAGCUGGAGCCCUCUGUCUCGGUACAGACCCCGCGGGAGCCGGAGCGGGCUGCCACCAUGCCCGUAGAACCCCUCCGGGCCCAGGCCGUGCUGCACGAGGGCACGCUGGGCCGCAAACAUGACGUGGAGGACUCGGGGAAGAAGGCCUCAAGCAGGUCGUGGAACAGCCUGUACUGCGUGCUGAAGCCCGGUCAACUCUCAGCCUACAAGGAUGCCAAGAGCUUCGGCCACGGCGUGACAUACCAUGGAGAGGACCCGCUGUCGCUCAGCAAUGCCAGCUGGGAGAUGCUCGCCAACUACAAAAAGAAGAAGCACGUCUUUAAACUGCGCCUCGGAAGUGGCGGCGAGUAUUUGUUCCAGUGUAAGGAUGAGGACGAUCUGCAGCGCUGGACGCAGGCCAUGGAGAAGGCUGUUCAGCCUGUGGUAGCAGAGGGGACAGUGGGGCCCUCGGGGUCCAAAGCCCACAGCCUACCGCCCCCCUCCUCGUCCACCAGCCUGCCGGAGCCCAGCUCUGCCAAAAAGGACAAGGAGAAGAAAUUCGGCCGCUUCGCUAAGAAAAAGUGAAGGGGAGAAGGGCAAAGCUGUCCGUCCAUCGGGGUGCGCUGCCGAGGACGGAGGAAGUAUUUUGCGUACCAUCUGCAGUGAGCAGUCAGUCAGAGAGAGGUUUUUAUCAAUAUAGAUUUUUUUAACUUUACUUUGUGAGAAUUAUGAUUGAUGAGGUAGUGCUGUUUAGACUGAAGCCUGUAUGUAAGCUAGUGUAUUAUUGCAAGGUUCACAGAUCCCCCCCCCUUUUUAACGAAUACCAAAUUCAAAGCAUUAAUCAAAAGCACAGAAUACUCCUUUCACACUCAACCAAAGAACAUUUGUACAAUUUUUUUUUCUCCUCCUUUUCCUUUUACCUUUUUUUCAAGCUUUGGUUUUGUCGGGCAUGCUUUGUAUGAUAUGUAGGCCUGUUAUUAAAGCAGUGUGACUCAAGAGUACUUUUAUUAAUCUGCCUUAGAAAAUGGUUGUGAACUGUAAUACUGUGCUGUUUGAAUCUGGAGCUCUACAUAGAACCAAACUGUGUAUGGCGGGCUGUGAACGGCUUUGCAGAUGCUGUCUAGACUGGGAGGCGGGCAAACCACGGUGCAGCACUGUGCAGCGUGCACACGUCAAGUAAGACUGCAGGUACGCAAACUAAAUGCUCUAUGCACUAUGACAGGAAUAUUAUGUUGUCAAACUCGGGCAGAUUCUGACUGUUGGGAUAUUCUCGCAGCGAUGAUUAUUAUGGAUUGAUGACUGAUGAGCAGUAUGUAACACCACACCUGAACAAUACAGUCAGGUUUAAAUAUAGGUCUAUCGUUUCUAUAUUUUUGAACUGAACUGUGGCAAUAUUUAUUUCUGUGAACUUGAAAUAUAUUCAACACUUGUGUAAUGAAACUCAGAUUUCAUAUAUAUAUAUAUAUAUAUAUAUAUAUGUAUACACAGAUGCAUGAAGUGAUGUGUUUUAUGUUAGUUUGACAUGGUGCUACGUUAUAUAUUCUUAACCCUUCAUCCAAGACCAACUUGACCUGCCUUAUUUGUCUUCAACUUUGGCUCAUAGUCACAUGCAUGCAAAAAAAUGCAAUUUUAUUCUAAACUACUUGUUUCCACAGGCUAGAGUCGAUUUGCAAUUAAACUUUUAAUUCUCUUUGAGUCUCAAAUUACAUCUCAAUUUAGCAUUAUGGCACAUUUGCAAAACAUAAAAAAUUUUAAGGCCUGGGCUAUUUUAAUAUAAAGUUUUACGGUAGCCAGGCGAGCCAAAGUGGGCCAGCUAAAGCCUGACUGUUUUUUCAAACCACACCAAUUGGACCAGACAAACGAUUCUUGCAAGACAAAGGUCACACAGUUGCAGUAUAAAGAUGGAGGGACGUGUCUUUUUCUAUGAAUGUAAGGAAAGAGCUUUGACGGUGUAAGAGGAUACACAGUGUUUAGUGGAAUAACUGGUGAAUCCAGGGAAUUUCAGAGGAAAAGCCAUUACUUCACCGCCAAUGCAAAUCGCCAUAUACACAAGAAAUACAGAGUAUGUACGUAAAUUGGAGCUGCAUUUAUAGAUGUUAAUACGUGGUCCUGUUUCUUUUUUUCGUCUCCGACAAGUUUGCUCGCACACACCAACAAAACCCCACACUGCCUUUCUGCCUCGUGCCGCGGGCCCCGUCCCCGGAGCACAGUACCACUUAACUGAUGCAACCUCAUCUGAACUACUUACAUCAGUGCUAUAAAGAUGAGUCAAAAACUGGUCACAAACACAUUUUCAAAGUAUUGUCUCCGCACCUUGCUCAUCCCAGUCCACAUUAUUUUACAGCCAAGAACAAAAACGUCAAAGCCUGAAUCCAGAUCAGGUUUGACCUUCUUGUGGCCAAACAGGAGAAAUGAGCUUCUGCACGGUUUCUCCUCGUUUUGACCUCAACUGGAUUUGUGCCCCCAUGAGUUUAAGUCUUCGGUAUUUUUUUGAUCCUUUUGUGAAUGCAGCCGAAAAUAUGUGGCAGGACCCCGUGUGUCCAGCAUUGGUUUUUUUCUGGUCAUGAUUUUAAUUGAUUGGUACAAAGCGUUUAUCAUUUCCUUAUUGCAGACCUCCUGCCCACUCACCGUCCAUCCACUUCCCUUAUUUAUACCUGUGGUCCUUCUUACCUGCCUUCUCUGUUAUGUGGUUUUUAUUGGCGUUUUCUAAUCUCCAGCAAUGUAAUAUGUCCAAAAUGUCAACAGAAAAUACAUUUUGAGAGAAUAAACUUUAAAAUAA